UGUCAGUCAUGUCGUGAAACGAGGAUACCGCAUCAUGUGAAGGAAAAUCACUAAAAACGCUGCAUUGCUUGUGUUUUUGUUCAACGAGUGUGUUCUAAUUGAACUAUAUAGAGUUAUGUUCGUGGAAAGAAAAGUAGGCGUUUGCAGUAUUAGUGUGAUAGUGGCAUUUUUCAAGGAUUUUAUUUGACACUUGUUUCCACGUGGUGACUGUCACUGAUCAGUCGACGUGUAAAAAGUAAUCGCCCUUUUUGUUCACAAAUUCACCCUCACAGCUAAGUUAUUAACAGAUGGAAUCCUUGAAUAUGUCUCAAUUAAACCUGUCCAACGUAAGAAGCCAAGUUCCCCACGAAAGUGGGACAAAGAGCGUUUCUGAAGCGGAGGCAAAACUGGAUGCAAUCAGUAUCCGAGAUCCAGAUGACGAGUAUCACUGCGAGUACAGGGAGGACAUUUGGAAUCAUCUGUUGGAGCAGGAGGCCGAGAAACCUGUGAUACAUCUGCAGUCCCCUCAGGCAAAAUUCCGCGGCGCCCUGAUCCAGCAGCUACGGGACAUCAGCAAGAAGCUCGGCCUGAGCAUCGCCACUCUUCACUCUGCCGCUGCGCUUUUAGAUCUAUUCAUGGAUGCGCACAGGCUCAGGGCGGACCGACUGACGCACGUCGCAUUGGUCUGCUUAAGUCUAGCGGCUAAAAGCGAAGAGAAAUUCAGCCGUGCCCCAACCCUCAAGACCCUCUCCAAGAUCAGUAACGUCCACCUCUGCGGCAAGACAUUCCGCCAGCUAGAAUGGAUGGUGGGCCAGCACGCAAGAUGGCGGUUAUUGGCACCCACACCAGUAACCUUCGCAGCAUUGCUGGCGCAAUAUGUGGUUACCGACGGGGACCUGACGACUAGGCAUCCGAAAUUCGUGAGACGGUUUAAGAGGGAUGGAGCGAAGCAGUUGGAAGCGUAUCUGGAUUUGACUUUGUCGGAUGUCCGUCUCAAAGUAGUUGAAGGCGUAGAAGUAGGAUGCGCUUGCGUCGCGUGCGCCCGCGCCGAGCUGGGACUGCCUGCGUGGCCGGCCUGGCUCGCCACCGCCACGGCACGCCAAGCUUCGCGUAUCGCCCCUGUCGCCCGUUUGCUGCACCGGAUGAUGCAAAUUCUGAAGUCACGAGAAACGCCAACGGAAGCGGAGAUCGACCAAGGCUACAGCAGCGCCAAAACCUCACCGAACCAAACACCAUCCACAUCGCCUCUUCAAGUCAGCCCGGGCUCAUCAACCUGUAGCACAUCAACCCGCAGCUACGUCAACGUAGACACUUCUUACCGUCAUAAACCGGUACAAACAGGUGUGUAUUCCGUUCUAGAUUUAAACAACACUAGCGUCACCAAUAUAGAAAAUUACUACCUACCAACAGCGGUCGACAUGACUCUAAGAGUAGACAACCCUAACGAUUACAGGUAUUUUAAGUCGCGUAGGUUAAUCGAAGCUAGCUUAGAAGGCGGAGCUGCCAAUAGGGCUGUGAAACGAGGUUUGGACAGCACGGUCGAGUUGGAUAGGAAAAGGUACCGUUUGACUCAGAUGUCGCAGGUAGUUCAAUGAUUUUAUUUCUAGUCGGUCCAUGUUUGUGAAUUACAUUGUGUUUUUUGUAAGCUGAAAUAAUAAAUGAGAUUGGAACAAGAUGAAACACCAGUGGUUCCUUUUUUAUGCGGUGUUUUUGUUGUGUCUGAUCAUACUCUGAGUGAAUAUUUAGGACAUACUGAAAAACUAUUACUAUGGUACACUACUAAAUAAAAAUCUGCUGUCUCAUUUCGGCGAUUCAUAGGUGGGUGAAUCAACUUUAUGAAACACUUAAUUUCGUGUAAUCCUCCCUAGCAAAGAAAAAUCGAUUUUUCAAAAACCAUGUUGAUUUUUUUACUUUUUUUGUUUACACGGCCAUUAUUAGAUCCAUAAGUAUUAAUUAACCACAUUAAUAUUAACAACUUGAUUAGAUAAAAGUUACAUUUUGUAACGCACCAGAAAAAAAGUUUUCUGGUGCCAGAAAAAAUCAGGGACACCAUUUUUGUAUUUUUCAGCUGCGUUACCGUACAAAAUGUAACUAUUAUCUGAUCAAGUUGUUAAUUUUAAUGUGUUAAUUAAAUACAUUUGUAUAUAAAAAUGCCCGUGUAAACAAAAAAAUAAAAAAAUCAACAUGGUUUUUGAAAAAAUCGAAUUUUCUUUGCUAGGGAUCUAAAAUACGAAAUCAGUAUUCUAGAAGUUGAUUCGCCCAGGUAUGUCAACGUUUUCUAUAGAAUAGCAUUUUUUUUUUUUGAUUCAAGGUUGGCCCCAUAGUAAAAUUUGUUUAAUACCUACAUAUUCAAUUCACCCCCUCAGUGCAUGAAAUCAAUACUUACACAUAUAAUCUAAAAAAAAUACUAUCAAUUUUUUUUUGUUCUAUUAGAAUUGUCUUACAAUAAAGGAAUUUAAAAAAAAAACGUGUUUCGGAUCACUCGAAUCUCAUUUAUUAGUUUAAAGCAUAUAUCCAAUUUCAUCAAAAAAUAUUGUUGAUACUGCCAAAAAUUUUCAAAUGUGGACAUUUAAACAAUUGCAUAUGCUUAAUUCGUGCAUUUGAUAUGCAUACAUUAGCAUUUGUAAACGCAUAUGCAAUUUAUUAGUCUAAUUUCUAUAUCAAGCUGAAUUUUGUAUAAGCUAGCACGAAUAUUAUAUGCUUAAUAAGUUUAUACUUAGAGGGAAUAAGGAGUUUGUAUAAGGCGCUCAGUUAUUAUUUACAUAUUUGCACUACUUUUUCUAUUUUUUCUAAAAAUGUAAACUCAGUCACUUGUCCAUAUAUUAUUUUGAAACAAUUUUUUUUAUAUCUUAUUAAUGGUGUAAAUUAGGUCAGUAAAUUGGAGGUUUGGUAUGACUUUAAAAGUCCGAGCAAAAGCGAAGUUUUCAAAGAUACGAGUCGACAUUUUUAUAAUGAACGCCACUUUGAGCCACAAACAUGCAUUUCUGUAUUGGAAUGUUAUUCUUAUUCCUUCUCUUACUCACUUGGUGGUGUACUGUAUACGAACGAAGCAUGGAUUCAUGCAGCUAGGUAAUAGCGAGCCAAAGGAAAUUAGACAACUGAAUAGGCAAAAAUUAUUAAAAUGUUUAAAAAAAUCCUCAUGUAAUGUUGAUUUUUAGGUCUGCGACCACUAAAAAAACAUCCAAAUCUAAACAGAAUAUAAAAACAAAGAUUUUUUCUGUUCUAUCUAAAUUAAAGUCGGCAAAAGAGUUGGAUAUACUAGAAAUUUCUUCGCAUAAGUGGUCAAUUUUCACUGCCGCCAACUGUACUAAAAAUUGUUUGGUUGUCAGAUUUUCUGUAGGCUCAAUGACUGUAGGUAUAGACGGAAACGAAAUGUGAUAUAGGGUAAAUAAUAUUUAUUGGCCAUAUAAGUUUUUAAAAUUAAAAUUUUCGUACUUUUCUAAAAUUCUUGACGCAAGACAAUGUUUUAUAUGGUCAAGUUUGUAGUUACCCUAUCUUUAUUCCUUCGGUUAACCUUAAAAAAAGAAUAUGGAUUUUUAAAACCUGUGUUUAAGUAAUUUUUUUUUUCUCCAAAAUAUAUAUCUAAUUUGUAAAUUUUUAUCAAUCUUUAAAGCCAUUUUGAAAUUAAAAACUACACAAAAAACGAAGGAUAAAGGAUUAUAUAUGUUACUUUAUAUGUAGUUGAAUUUGAUGAAUUCCAAAGUAGCCAGUUUUUUUCACUUAUGUUAGUAAAAUUCUUAUAAAAUAUAAAGGUGAUUUUUUUUACUUUUUUUGCAUUGACUGUUAAAAUUGUUUUAUUUUAUUUAGCGGAAUAUCUAUUUCACUUGUGUUUAAAGGGAUAAUGAUAUGUCAUAAUGAAUUCAUAAUAUGUGUCCGCGGUCAGCAAAACGCCCCACUUUGUCGCUUGCCAUAAAGACGCUUUGACAGGUUAUUUGACAAGCAAAUCUCGUCCUUAUGGUAAGCGACAAAGUGGGACCAUUGGCUAGAUUUCGACACAUAUCAUUCUGUGUUUUAGUCAUUUAGAAAUUAACCUUUAAAAACUGUUCUUGAUUUAUAUCUGGAUAACUGAAUAAUCACCUUAAUAUUAAUGCUAGGUAAUUUCUAAUUUAAUAUAUCCAAAACGUAAAACGUAAGUUGACAAUGAAGGCAAUGGUGAACCAAAUGAUAAUUUAAUAAGAAUUAUUACCAUCACUUUGUAAAAUAAUGGUAGCUCUAAAAACUUUAAAAAGCUAUAACCGGUCUAUUACUAUGAGUUUUGUUCACCAACCUUAAGGCUUCUAUAGACGUGCUACAAAUGGCCUUUUAAAUAACUGCUGGCUAAGUAUAGUUUGUCAAGCAAUUUCCGCCAGUAGAAAAAUGCGGCAAAUUUAAAAAAUGUGGGCGCGAAGGGUUAUCGUCUAGGAAUGCAAUAACCGGCCAAACUUCAUAACCGAUAAUCGGUUACGGUUAUUUCCGACAAAAAAUUAUAAAUUUCCAAUCAAGUAAUUAAAAAAUUACGAAAAUGAAGGUAAUGUGUGUAUAAGUCUUCGUUUUUUAAUAAAACACACAAAAUACAGUAAAAAUUAAAACAUGACCUUGGACGUGUCAUACAAUAUUCAAUCAAAAUAUUUCAUAAAUAAGGGAAGUAAAUUUGGUAUAUUUUCGUUAUUAAAGUACACGAAUGGCAAUAAUUAUAGUCACAGGCGUCAAACCAAAAAAAAAGGCAGGAUUUUGUAGUCAUUAAAAGAUCAAUUCCUAGAAUUUAAGUCGUAAAUAAAUACCCGUAACCGGUUAUUCGAAUUUCCAAUAAUCGGUUAUGAAAUUUUGUCAAAAUAAUUAUAUUUUGGUUACGGUUAUAACCGAUUUGCAUUCCCUAUUAUCGUCCUAUAGAAAAUUAUAAUUUCGCGCCUGUUUCUACUGAAAGCUGUUUUAACCGAUUAUAGCAACGAAUUCAAUAAGUCGACCAAACGACGCAAUGCAAGUUGCAAAUCGCAUGCGAUCAUUGGUGACGUUUCGAGAGGCCAUUUGUUCGAUUGAUUAAUUUAAAAUGCUGUUUUGGAUGUGAGGUUGUGAUUAAAGAAUGUGUUGUUUUAAUUUAUUUAUUUAAUAAAUCCUCUUCGUGCUUUGAUAUACAAUUAUGGCCGAGAGCAAUGAAAAUGCGUUUUCUUUGAUCUUGGAUGUAUUUGACGCUCAAUAUUAAUUUAUACUCGAAAUUGUUUUAAGUUUUUUUUUUUAAACAAAAGUUGCGUUCCACUAUCUCAUUGAUUAGUUUUCUUAUGUUACUGAAAUAUACAGUUACUUUCAAUAAUACACGAAGAACACAAUUUUACUAACGAAAAACAUGUUUUCUUACAUAUUGGUAACUUUUUCUGUUCGUCACGUAUUAUUGAAGGCAAAAAUGUUGAAGCGGGUUUUAUACGUUAUUUUCUUACUUUUUUUAAAUACUAGUUUUACAUAUAUGUUGGUUGAUAUUGUUUAAUGUUAUUGUUUGUUCUAAAAUAGCAGAAACUAUAGGUCUUGUAAAAAAAAUUGACAAAGUUUUCUACUGUUUUAGAUGCGUGUGUUUAACCCUUUGGUUGCCAUUUAUAACGAACGUUGAAUAUUUUAUUUUGAUGUAUCUCGUAUAAACGACAAAGAGUAGCCAGAGGGUUAGUAUAUUAUAAUGGCCAUUAUUGGUUUUUGUUGUCCAUUUAAAGGCUGUUUUUUUUUAAAUUAUGUCGCGUUUUUAUGUCAUUUCAAUUGUGCGCAAGAAAUACUUUAAUUCUUACCCAGAUUAGUUAAUUAAUUAUAUGUUUUUUGAUACAUCGGUGAUAUACUAUCACCAUAUCAUAUCUUUCUGUAGAAGCAAUAGAAUAUAACUACUUUGAAUAGAGUUGUUCAUCACCAGUGUGUAACUUUAAAAUGAUAAGUACUUAUACAUCAUACUACCAAAUGUUAUACUUAGCAAUAGUCUUUUUUAUAGUAAAUGUAACACAUGUGCUUCCUAGUUCAAUGUGAUUAAAUCGGAUUCUUUUGCCGAUAAAAAUAUGAAAUAAAAGCAUGUUCACACUUUCAAAUUUCGAUUAUCUUCUGAUUAUAAUCAUAUCAAAUAUUUCAGAAAAUCUUGUUAGUGGACAUGUAUAUUUCAUUGUUCAACAUUAUAUCAAUGCUAAAGCAAUAGACGUAAUGAUAUCUUUAAAAAUAAAUUAGAAUUGAACUAAACAUUAAUCAAUCUAUAGAACCUUAUAUAUAUAUAUAUAAUAGCUUUCAAUUUAUAAUAUAACAGUAAAAAUGCUUGCAUAUUAUUGAAAUGUAUAGCCUUACAUUAUAUAAAAUAAGUAAAGAAAAUCCUUUCAUAUAAUACCUAAACACUAAAAUACACUUAUUUUGAAAUUAGGCUUAUAUUUCGUCAAUUUACUGUAUAUUGAUUUUGUAUUCCAUCAGGAAGGAAGAAAUUUAGAUUCAGAAUAAUUGGAUAUUUUCACGAUUGAAAUACAUGCGAGGAUUUUCCUUACAGUGAUAUAUUUCUGUAAAAUGAUGUAAAAACGUGUGUGAACUUGUUUGAAGACUGAUGUAACUAUGCGUGGCAUUGUACUGAGAAACUAUAUUUUGUACCAUUAAAUUGAUAAUGAAAACGACCUAUAAACCUUUAAAUAAAUAUAUACUUCCGUA